CUGCCUGAGCGAGCGAGCGACCGAGGCGGCGGCGGCGGCGGCGGCGGCAUCCGGCCCGGAAGAGAAGGCCGCAUCCAGGGGCUGUGGCGGAGGGGGCUGCGCAGGCCGCUCGCGGUAUUCCUGUCAACGCUUGUGACUUCGGCGGCACCAUGCCCAAGAGAAAGGCCGUCCAGCCGCUGCAAAGGCUGUGCCUGGAGAACAUCGCUAAGAACAUGCAGCUCUUCUGGGCCAAGGACUACACGGACAACUACCUGGACGAGUACCAGUUUCGUUACAUCAUGGGACCCUUCAGCGAGCUGGCUGGCUCCCUUGUCCAAGAGCUGCUCCAGUUAAUGGGGGAGAGACGGUGCUUGACCCGUGCUGUGCUGCACUUGCUUGUCGUGCCGCAGCUGAAGGAGCUGAGUUUGAGUGCCUGCCCAAAGCUGGUCAGCAAGGCCAUCACCCAGAUUAUCACAGUUCGCUGCAAGAAUCUGUCCUCGCUGGAUCUCCAGGGCUGCAGCCGGAUCCCCACAGACGCUCUGGUUGACUUAAUGGAAGGUUUGCCUGGUCUCACAAAACUCGACCUCUCCGAGACCCAGUGCAACACACAGGUCUUGUCAGCUGUGGGUUCCUGCUGCCAGCAGCUUCGCGAACUGGACAUCUCUCUCUGCAAGAGACUCUCCCCGGCAUCCCUCCUCCACCUCGCUUACGACCCCACGGCGGGCUCCCUCUGCUGCCCAGCACUGCAGGUCCUCUGCGUGGAUGGCCUCUGUCCCACCGCUCACAGCCAGGACUUGUUCUGGGUCCUGGCCUUUCUGCUGCUGGCAUUGCCCAGCCUGAAGUCCUUGGAAAACGAGUUUCUCACGGACGCGCUGUGUCUGAUCCACAAGCAGAAGUUUAAGAGUGCCCCGAUCACCCCUGGGUUUCCCUCCCUGGAGGAGCUGGCACGGGGCAGGAUGUCCGCUUGCGCGGACGAGAAAAGCCCAAGGCUCACCCUGCCUCUCAAGGAAAUCAUCGAGGUGAGCGAGGAGGCCGUGCCCAUGGUCUGUGCCGUGUGCCCACACUUGGCCAAGGCAUCGGUGAAUCUUGAAGACGGCCGCCGUGGCCUGAGCCAGACCUUCCUGUCGUGGCACCACCUCACCCACCUGACUCUGGACGGCUCGGAAAUGCGGGGGCUGCGGGCGCUGCGGGAAAUUCUGCCCGUGAUGGCGCACAUUGGGGGGCAGCUCCAGUCCCUCGCCCUCGACGGCUUCUCCGCUGAUGAUGAGCUCUCCUUCCACACCCUGCUGGGGCACUGCCCGAACCUCCGGAAGCUCAGCGCUUCCCUCUUCUAUUCAGCGAGGCCUCGCCACGGGGAGCCCUUAAAAGGAGACGCCAGCCUCCCGCCCCACAAAUUCCCUCAGCUUUGUGACUUUAGCCUGCUGCUCUCUGACUUGCACGAUGCCCUCCUUUCCCGGCAGGCAGUGACGUUGAGAGCCAGCCUCGUGUCCCUGCUCAAGCAUUCCCCGGCCCUGGAAACGGUGCACCUCUCCUGCCUGCCUUUCUCCCUGGAUGAGGUGUUCGAGGCGGUGCUGCAGCCCCGUGGCGCUGCCCUGCGUCACCUCUGCGACCUCUCGCUGAGCCAGUGCAAGGUGUCCAGUAAGGCCGCCCACCUGCUCUUGUCCUCAGAUAAUCGUCUGAGAUCCCUCCACUUGUACAGAUGCCCAGAGAUCCACCGCAGAGACUAUGAUAAGCUCCUUAGGAGAGUCGGCAAGGAAAGCCUUGAGCUGCAAAUCCAGUGGGACUGAAAAGUCUCCCUCUACGACCCGGAACGGCAACUCUGCUGGGGCCCCGAGCGCACUCACGCUAAUAAAGUUGGGAUGAUAUAA